ACAGAAGAAAAUAUUUGUAAGCAUACUUUUUGUUUUUAAUAUGUGGAAUUUUCUUUUCUUAAAUUUAUUUUUGUCAAAAAACCGGUGGGAGACGUAUUGUCUCCCCCCCCCUGCUGCCUGUGGACACCAGGCACAAAAAUUUAUACCAUGUCUGAAAGUAUUCACAAAAUAGCGAUGCAAACGAACAUUUCACACAAAAGUUGUACAUUGCCAUCACCGUCUUGGAAGUAUCAUAAAACUGUACAUUGCAUUUAUUGCAGUUUAUCAACGAGCAUGUUGCCACGUCCGUUUGAGAACCCCAAAUUUUAAAUGUCCCGCCGUAUCUCAGUUGCGAAGGAAACGCCAUCUUACUUGCUUUUUGUUGUAAACACAGCGGCAUAAUGGGCAUAAUGGUGUUCCCCUGAAACUCUGAUCCAUAGAUGCCGUAAUGUCAGGUGACGUUAUGUGAUGCUAUCUUUGGCUGACAAGGUUUGCAUGUAGCCUUUGUUGUCUUAUCUUAAGUUAACGGAUAAGGAACAGACUUAAGAGAAUGUAAUUGUGUUUCUGCAAAGAACUAACGCAGUUCAUGUAAAAUCGUAUGCUGUAUAUGUAGUGCCUUGUAGGACCAACCAUGAUUAUACAUGAGAGCCCCAUGUGUAUAUAAAUACAUAGCCAGCUCCACGGAAGCGUCCUUAAGAAGAAAACAGUUUCUGAGUUCAUCAUUUCCGGUCACUUGUAUUGGAUACUGCUUCAGAGUGAUUCGUCACUGUGGAAUCAUUUGUUACUUUAUAUUUGUGUGCGCACUCUGCUUGUGUAAAAAUAUGUAUUAUAUUGAUAGCUGGUUAUUAUUUAUCUUGUACCAAGGAUACAAAAUGUCAUUUCUUUUAAUGCUGUGAUGUAUGAAGUAAGAGUUGGAGUUGCAAACAUGCUCGAAUUACAAGCUGAAAAUACCAUAUUUACAUUCUAAGCUGCUACACAUUUUGCUUUUGAGACAGUAAUAUGGAAGUAGAAGGCAGUCUUGAAAAUAAACAUAUUCAUAUGUCAUGUGUGGAAGCAAAAGUGACAGACAUAUUGUCUGACAGGUUAGGCAUACUGACUACAGUUUCAUCUAAAGAAAGAAUCCUAUUUGAUGUUGAGAAUUUGUAUGUGGCAGGCGAGAGAUGUGACCCUUCUUAUCCACUAAGUUCCUAUGUUAGGGUUGGUACUUCUGAAUUUCAGUGUAAUGCAUCUCUCUUGCAAGAGAAUAACGAACAGAACGUCCAGUAUGAGGCAACGUGUGUGUGGCAUCAUGAGAAGCCAUCAUAUAUCAAGAUAUUUAGUCACUACUUGUCCAGUUGCAGUUGUAGAGUAACUAUGGUUCCUAAUUAUAUAUACAAGGGUCAUAUUGUUAAAGUUUCACCCCCAGAUGUGGCACUGGCAGUAGCUAAAGUGAGCGAUGUCUCAGUUCCGGUGCUUAUAUUUUUAAAUAAUUUAUUCGAGGAUUCUAAUCACAGAAAAUUAGAGAAAUCUGAAUGGAUUCAAGAUCAUUUGAGUGCUGGAGAUAUAGUGGAGUUUGAGUUUGAAAAGAGACAAAAACGAUCGGCCCACAGAAAAUAUAAUGUAGCAAAGUUUGCAUGGAAAGCAGAAUGGAAUAUGAGGCAACAUACAUGUCAGCAGAAAUUUCAAAGUAACAGCAGUUCUUAUAGUGAAGUGAAGAGGCGCUGUUUUGGUGAUGCGGAUGAUAAAGCAGUCAGUAAUGCUGGUACUUCUGAUGUUGAUAGCUGUACUGAAACAAAUGAUACUACACCUGUUACUAUUGAAACUGAAAUUCGAGUUGAGUAUGAUAUCGAUCAGAAUAAAUGUGCUUCUACUUCUGAAGCUUCAAAGCAUGUAAGUGAUGGAGCAUCAGAGCAGCUUAUUAAGUGCAUUAUCUCACCGUUGGCAUGUAGUAUGAGCAUCAGUAAAGAUGCGUACUUCACUAAUGCUUCAUUGGAUAAGUCGCAAGAAAGUAAUGUCAAAGCAGUGGCAUCUUAUUCACAAGAAUACACAAGGCAUGACACACUUCGCACAGUGGCUCAUGAACUGUCACAUCAUUCACCUGGCAAGUUAGAAUGGCAUGGAGGAGUUGGUCCACCGAACAUACUAGAACAAGGUGGAGGUGUUGGUCUCCCUGAUAUAUCAGAACGAGGUGAAGGCAUUGGUCUGCCUUGCAUAUCAAAACAAGUUGGAGGAGCUGGCCAACCUGACUUAUCAGAACAAGGUGAAGGAGUUGGUCUAAUAGACAUAUCAGAAUGUAGUCCACCUGACAUAUCAAAAGAAGAUGGAGGAGUUGGUCCAUCUGACAUAUCAAAACAAGAUGGAGGAGUUGUCAAACCUGACUUACCAGAACAAGGUGGAGGAAUUGGUCUAACAGACAUAUCAGAACAUGUUCCACCCAUUAUAUCAGAACAAGAUGGAGCAGUUAGUCCACCUGACAUAUCAAAACAAGAUGGAAGAGUUGACCAACCUGACUUGCCAGAACAGGGUGGAGGAAUUGGUCUAACAGACAUAUCAGAACAUGUUCCACCCAUUAUAUCAGAACAAGAUGGAGCAGUUAGUCCACCUGACAUAUCAAAACAAGAUGGAAGAAUUGGCCAACCUGACUUGCCAGAACAGGGUGGAGGAACAGGUCUAACAGACUUGUCAGAACAUGGUCCACCUGUUACAUCAGAACAAGAUGGAGGAGCUGGUCUGCCUGACAUAUCAAAACAAGAUGGAGGAAUUGGCCAACCUGACUUACCAGAACAAGGUGGAGGAGCUGAUCUAACUAACAUACCAGAACAAGAUGGAGUUGGUUCACUGAACAUAUCAGAACAAGAGGAAACAGACACCCCAUCUGACAUAUCAGAAGGAAAAUAUGGAGCAGUGGCUUUGUAUUGGAGUCCACAUUCAAUACAAGACAAGUCUGAGAAGAUUCCUUGUCUCUCUCUCAUUGGCAUUGUUUUGAAUGAUUCAAAGCUACAGACUAUAAAUCUUAAGUUUUCAUAUGAGCUUUUCACAUCUCUUACAUCAGCAGCAGAAAUGGACUCUCAGUUUAGAAUGACAUUGACUGGUUUUGUAACCUUUCCCUAUGAACUUACAAAACAGCCCAAAAGCAGCAUAUCUCAUCAUGGCAAGGAUAGUGUCACUGUAGACAUAUUUGCAAAGACAGGGAUCAGAAUGCCAUCAGGACCAUCACAUACACAAGAUAGAAUAUAUGGAUCACCAGGUGUGUUGGAAAUUGCAUUAGAGAUGCCUCCAGACCCAUUGAAACCAAGUAAUGUUGUUGCCAUACCAAAAUCACUUUCAGGUCCUCAGUCUGGGAUGACAGUCCAAGUUACUGGUAUCACAUCACAUGAACAUAAGCCAUGCAAUAUAUUGACAUCUUCAGAUCAGUGUAUUCAAAUACCAGUCACCCUACAUAAACUGUCCUCCCAUAAUUCAGUUUCUGAAUACAGGGCUUUAAUAUCACAGGACAAAGUACCCAUGAACCCAAAUGCUGCAUCUGAGCAUUCUACAAAAGCAGUAUGCAGUGAACAGCUAUGUAAUUUGCAUUCAGUUGGAGUAUCUACAUGUGUGCAGGAUACAUUACCACAGGAAUUUGUUGGAACAUUUGAAAAUGAGUUAAAUGUUUAUGCAGCACAACCAGUGGAUUCAUGUGAGUUAAACUCAAAUAAAAUUGUUUCAGAUAUUCCACAAAUUUUAGUGCCAAUUUUUAUGCCACUGUCAUUACAGUCAUCAGCUGAAGAUAUGUCUGCAUUAUCUUCCACAAGAUGGACGCUUGUAUCUGGAUCUGUGACCAAUCAGAAGCACUGUCUUAUGUAUGUACCAAGAAGUUUAUUGUCAUCUACAGGAGCAAGUAACAUACCAGACACACAGGCACCAAGUAAAUUGUGCCAGGAGUCACGAGACCAGUCAUCUGAGUUGUCCUUGCAUGACGACAGUUUCUCGUCACUGUCUGAACACCCACACACUUGUAAACCACAUCGUGGGGCAUACAGUGGACAUAUCUAUAGUUUGGCGUACAAUUAUGGAACAGUUGCAUUUACAAUGGAUGGCAGAGAAGAAAGGGCAUCAUUUUAUUCAGAAAAAGUAUUUAUAAAUGGCAUUAAGAUUGGCAAAAAGACUAAGCUCCGUGAUGUUCUAUACAGUGAAAUGCUUGUCACACUUGAUGUGGUACAGUAUGAAGGUGAUGCUUUUAAAUAUAAAGCAACAGGUGUUUAUAUUGAAAGUGAUGUUGAAAAACAGCUGGAAGGUUGUCAGGCUGCAGACAGAUUGGUGGCAAACUCGGAUGAGGAGGCUGUAAGUGAUGACAGCAUGACAUCAUGCCACAUGUCUUUGAAAGAGACUGGUUUUUCUGUUGACCAAAUAACUGACGAAGAUGACAUGUAUCAUAGACAAGUGAUACAUCUGAACUGUUGGGACAGCUUCUCUGUGGAUCACUUGAGUGUAAGGAAGCACACAUGUGGUUGUGUCUGCAGGACAUGUGCCUCGGCAAAUACAGAAUGUCAUAAGGAUUUAGCAGUCAGAUCGCUUACUUUGUCUGGACAGCAGGCCAGUGUAGCAGAGAGCAUUGAUGCAGUCACACAGGAAACAGAUGGAAGUGCACAUUUAUCAGAAGAAGGACCUAAUACUUCAGAUAGGAAUGUGUUAAAAUCAGAAGUGGAAAUGGCAGUCCCUGAUGAUGAGCAAGGAAAAGUGAAAGUACCAGAAUCGUGUGCAGGAUUUGAAGCACCAGGGAUUCUCAACUCAUCAGAAAUUUUAGAUUGUUUUGUACCUCAGGCUCAGAAGACAACAGAAUUAAAUAACAAUAUAGAAGAAGUUUCUACUAAUGAAACAAAUGCCUCAGAUUGUAUCAUUCAUAUGAAUCCCCUGCCUAAGUCAUCAAAGAAUGUACCUGGUAUUAUAGAUUCUACAUGGUCAAGCAAUAUGGUGUUAAUGACAGCAACUGUUUGCAAAGUGAAAGUGAGAGUUAUUAUCCGUGGAAAAAACCUGUAUGUUGAUAAGAAGCGUAUUGUUAUGAAUACAGGUUGGCAGCAGUAUGUACAAGGCAUGCAGGUGUUUGCUGAUGUGUUUAUAUUGAGGGAUCACCCAUCAGGUGCAGUGUAUGUUGCAACAUGUGCCUGGAAGGGGAAACGGCCCGGGAAUGUGGGACAGGAUAGAAAGGGUGAAAGUAAUAUGGAGGCAUGCCACAAGAACUGUGCUGAUAAUAAUGUUAAUUCCUUGAUAAGUGAAAGUAAGGCAAGAAGUAAGUGCAAAGGCAGUGUUCAAGGAAGACAGAAAUCAGAGAGCUGUGAACCCAUGAACGUCAAGUGUCCCACAGAAAAUAAAGGCAUAAACAAGGAAAAGCCAAUGCAUGAUGACAAAUUACACUGUGUGCAGGGAAGUAUUGCAAGAAAGGAAGAAAAACUGCCUAAAACGUUACAAAGUAAAGUGUUUUUAGGUAUUAUAGAAAGCUUUACAUUCUGUGAGAUAUCUGGAGUAGUAAAUUUUCAGUUUCAAAAUGAGAGGGUAAAAGCAGUGUUCUUUAAAGAAGGCAUUUUUGUUAGAGGAGUUUCCAUCACAGACUUGCAAAUAAAACAGAAUCUUACACCAGGAAGGUUGGUAGCUGUAAGCAAUAUGACGCUGUACGAUGGGAAAAAAGACAUACCAUAUGCAGCAAACAUAGACAUAGAUUUUGAUUACAAGCUGUCUGCACACACCUUGGAGAGUAGGUCAGCUACUGGAACAGGCCCAGUAACGGAGCAGCAAGAAGUAAGAAACAGUCCCCAGGGUUUCAAGUUUGGGACCGAAACUGACAGGGAUAGAUGUAGAGAUAUUGGCAUUACAGACCAUUGGGAUGAAGUGAAACCUUUGUGUCAAGAUGAGAUUACAGGCGAUGCACAUGUGACUUCAUCUGAUAAGGAGGAGGAGGUGGUGCAGCGUCCUGUAAUUCCUAAACAGUACACAGAACUUCCCAAACAGAUAAAAGGGAGACUUGCAAGAGUAAAGAGAUAUGAGUCUUCUACCAGGGGAGUUCUAGAAUAUUCCAUCUCUGGUGCAGAAUUGGAGGUUAUAUUUCAUAAAAGUGUUGUGAAUUUCUGUGGAAAUAAUGAAACUACAGACUUGGAAGAACAUCUUCCUGUUGGUAGUGAAGUGUAUUUUGAAGGUGAUGUGGUUGGUGAGAACAAGCUUCUUGGCUGUUCAGAUAUCAUUGUGACCAGAGUUCAAGAAGCAAAGAUGCAAAGAAAACAUAUCACUUCAAAAGCAGUUCGUUCCCUGCCCUUUGAAUUUGUAUAUCCUUCUGUCCGUGAAGGACUUUUUGAAGGCAGGGUGUAUGAAGGUACCAUAUCCGAAAUACGCCCACCAUUUGCAUUUGUGGCUGCAGUUAAUGAAGGUGGUAAGACUUAUGAUGUUUUUGUGCUGAAUAUGUUUUUCAGUCCUGUAGAAUAUGGGAUGAGGCUUCCACCAAAUCACCCUGUUAUGCCUUUUGUUGUGGAGGGAAAUAAAAUACAUGUAAUGGUAGGCAGGAGGACAGAAGUGAAUAGCAAGUAUACACAUGAAUGGUUUGCUGUGGAUGCAUGGACUGAGGAACAAGACAGCACAUUUUCAAGCAGAAAACCUGAAGUGGAACUUACACAUAGGAGGUUAGACACCGAAGAUCUUCACGAGCACCUGGAAGGUGUACUAAUGACAGUGUACCCAGAGUGGGGCAUUCUUCAGGUUAGCAGUCAGAGAGAGGAGGUUACAUUCUUUGGGAAAGACGCUUUCCUAUUUGGAGUCCGAUUAGCAAUGCUGGAUCUUCGGCAGGUGUUACCAGUUGGUGAAAGGAUCUCGUUUACAUUGGAUGAGGCUCAGCUAGAUCUGAAGACAGCCUCACGAGCAUGGGUUGGAUCACAUGAUACUUCAUCAAACAUGCAUGAUAUUGCUGUGAGAAGUGUGAAGAUUUUCAACUAUUGCAACUCCCGUAAAAUUCUCAAGUCAAUUCUGUUAAUCUUGAUAAAUGAGCUUGGUAAGCAGCGGCACCAGCUAGAGAACACUGGAAGGAUUCGAACUUCUUUAUUUAAUGAAGGAAAGGAAGUGGAGGAGGACUUGUGGCUUGGGCCGUCCGGCAAGAAGAAGGUGCCAGGACAUGUUCGAGGCCUCCCUCCUGAUAGCAGUGACAAGAAUGAUGAAGCUGAAGAAGUGUAUUAUAGUGACAGUAACUCAUUUGGAAUAACUGAUGAUGAAGAUGAAAGUGCAGAAAAUUGUGAAGAUUGGCCUGAAGCAGUAAAAGGUAGUCUGCCUUUUUGCAGCAGUACCCCAGAAACAGCAGAGGAAAGAAGUGAAAUUUCAGUUAAUAAUACUGCAAGUGUGAUACUAUCUGAACUCGGUACGUCAGUCACUAACACUGCAGCUUUGAUGUCUGCUGAAGUUUGUGCAUCAUUCACUGAUACUACAGCUGUGAUAUCUUCUGAAGUUGGUGUGCCAGUCACCGAUAGUACAGCUAUGAUGUCUUCCAUAGUUGGUUCCUCAGUCACUGAUACUAUAGCUGUGAUGUCUUCCAAAGUUGAUGCCUCAGUCACUAAUACUACAGAUGUGAUGUUUUCUAAAGUUUGUUCCUUAGUCACUGAUACUACACCUGUGAUGUCUUCUGGAGUUGGUGCAUCAGUCACUAACACUACAGCUGUGAUGUCUUCUGGAGUUGGUACGUCAGUCACUAACAGUGCAGCUGUGAUGUCUUCCAUAGUUGGUUCCUCUGUCACAGAUACUGCGGCUGUGAUGUCUUCCAUAGUUGGUUCCUUGGUCACUGAUACUGCGGCUGUGAUGUCUUCCAUAGUUGGUUCUUUGGUCACUGACACUACAGCUGUGAUGUCUUCCAAAGUUGGUGCAUCAGUCACUAACACUGCAGCUGUGAUGUCUUCUGGAGUUAGGUCAUCAGUCACUAACACUACAGCUGUGAUGUCUUCUGGAGUUGGUGCAUCAGUCACUAACACUACAGCUGUGAUGUCUUCUGGAGUUGGUACAUCAGUCACUAACACUACAGCUGUGAUGUCUUCCAAAGUUGGUGCAUCGGUCACUAACACUGCAGCUGUGAUGUCUUCUGGAGUUAGGUCAUCAGUCACUAACACUACAGCUGUGAUGUCUUCUGGAGUUGGUGCAUCAGUCACUAACACUACAGCUGUGAUGUCUUCUGGAGUUGGUACAUCAGUCACUAACACUACAGCUGUGAUGUCUUCUGGAGUUGGUGCAUCAGUCACUAACACUGCAGCUGUGAUGUCUUCUGGAGUUGGUGUGUCAGUUACUGAUACUACUAGAGCUGGUGCCUCAGUUACCAGUACUGCAACAUUUUCCAAAAUUCAUGACUUGAAGAGAACAGGAGAAGGCACUGUUACUCAGCAGUCAGAACACAGUACAUUAGCAGAGGCUGUAGAAACCACAGAUGAAAAUGGACGUAUAUUUUAUUAUACAGAAACAUCAUAUCAACAUGUGCCCCACGCUCACAGCAGGACCUUAGAAGAAAGUCAAGCAUGCAUAAGGAAAGCUGCAACUGUUUCCACAGAUCAAUAUAAUGUGAACAUUACACAUUCAACUCACCAACGCCUGUCCAUGUUUCACCCAGACAUGCAUCGAACUCUGCAGUUGUCUUUAUAUGAGACUCUACAGAAAUACCGCAUUCAGUCAGACAUAUCGGAGCGCAUUGCAUCUCAAGCACUAACAGUGCUAGAAGAGGAAGUGUGGGGUGUCCUUAGAGGUAAGGUGCUUGAUAGGACACUCAGGAAAGUUGCAGGUUUGAGAGCCGACAAUGAGAAUUGCUCAGAAGUGAAAGUAAUGACAAAGGACAAGGCAGUAUCACAGAGGUUUCAAACGUUUAAUGAAAUUUCAUUGCCAAACAUAUCAGAGGACUGGAGGAAGAGGAUAUCACAGAUUGUGCCAAAUGGUUCUGCAGCAUGUCAUAAGAGCAGAGAACUAGAUGAUGUGGAAGAAGUUAACCAGCUUCAUUCCUGCCAGACACGGGCCAUGGAAGGCCGUGUAGAUAAGGCUACACAGACUGUUUCAACAGGUAAUGUCCUGUUUCUUAAACUGCUGAUGGAUUCCUAAUUAUCAGAUACUUCCAUUAACAGAUAUUUCUGUCUUAUACUCUUUUUGUAUUCAAACGUGCUGCAGUAUUUUUUAUGGAUUUAACUUCAUCAACUCUAGAUAGUAAAUGGACGUUAUAGUAUCAUUUUAAGAUACCGAUUUGGCCUGUGUCUGGAAGGACUGAAGGAAGGAUGAAAAACUUUGGUGUGGAUUGUUUGUGUCCCAGCCAAGAUUUGAACCAUGUGCCUCCUGAAUGGAAGUCAGCUGUGUUACUGCUUGAGUCAACUUACUCAGUGGGACUGACAGAGAAGGAGACCAGAUUACUUCAUAUUUGUAGUCACACACAAAACUAUCAGAGAAACUUUUUAAGUUAAUGGAGUAUUACAUGGCUUUGAAAAUUGAAUCAUUGAUUCGCACAUAGAUUCUUACACCUACAGUAUUUUGUUUUUGGUGUGUGGGGGGGUAACACAGUUUGAGAACCCCAGCCUUAUGGGAUAUAUUUAAGAAAUGGUAAUUUGGUGACAAGAUACUGAUCAUUAUGUGUCACCAAGUCAGUUUGAUCAGAAUGAACAAAAUUCAUUUCUGAAACAAGCAGAAAUUAAUGUAAAAUUAAAACAUCUGUCCAGUAUUCCUACUUACUAUAAAGUUAUAUGACAUUGUUUCACAUACUAACAUUAUGCUGAAGCCAAGGAAAAAGUCACAUGAAUGGUAGUGACAAAGAUCCCUAAGGCUUCCUCAUAUCUGUCUACAGUCUUAUCCUGCUGUGCUUCCCUCUGUAUAUGUCAGCGAGCCCAAAACGUUUGUUGCCAGUGAAGGUUAUCACCAACAUAUUUGGACUACCUUCAAUACAGCCACAGUUCUUGGAAUGGACUCAUACAAGUUUUAGUCAGUCUGUAUUGGAAUUUUAUACCAUUCUUCUUGAAGAAUAUCUUCAAGUUGCUGUAGAGGUGUUGGAGGUGCGAAUCUAUUCCUCUAGUCUCCAAAACUGACCAGAGUGGAUCAGUGAUGUUCAAGUCUGAUGAUUAUGCUGGCAAGGGAAGAUGUUGUACUUCAGCUUCAUGCUCUUCAAACCAUGGCUGAACAGUUCCAGCUGUGUGAGUGGGGGCAUUGUCAUCUUUGAAAAUUGCUUUGUUGUUUGGAAAUAAUGUCUGGAUCAUGGGAUCUGCCUGACUACCCAACCUAUCCACAUACUCCCUUGCAGUAAUUCAGCCAUAAAGGGCAAUAAUGGGACCAACGGAAUAUUGUACCACGAUAUUGCUGCCCAAACCAUCACAGAACCACCCUCCCAUGUUUAACUCUUGGAACCAGGUAUUACAGAUUGUAGGCUUCUUUGGGUGUUCUCCAAAUGUAAACUCUUCCUGAUGUAGAGAACACGGACAACUCAUCUGACCCUGUCACACUCUCGUUUCCAGUUGUCUUGACACCAUUUACACACUUGAGCAUUACUUUCAGUAAUCAGAGGUUUAGCAGUUGCACCCUACCUGUAUGUUGGAUUUGUGAAGCUCACGUUGGACAUAUUUGUGGAAGCAGGGUCUUCAGGAUGAAUAUUCAGUUCUGCUGUCAUCUGUGCUGCAGUAGUUCUGUGAUUUUCAAAACAAUCCUCCUCAAUGUACUGACAAUCUCUUUAUGUUAGUAUUGAUUUUCAUCCAGUGUUCCUCUUUGCUGAUGUUGUCUUCACAUGAUUCAUUAUAUGCAGACAUAACCUUAGAAAGUCUUGCUUUUGACGCCCCUGAUGUGGCAGUUUUAUCGUAGAUACUCCAGCUAGACAUGCACGAACAGUCUGCCCUGUUUCAAAACAGACAAGUCUCCCAUUUUCCGAUUCUUUCACAUAGACUGUCGCUCAGUACAAUUGACCUGCACUUACACGAGCACUACAGAGUGUAAACAAAUGGAAGAAUGUUCAGUAAUGCCAACUUAAGUUCUUUCAGUGUAGCCACACAAAUUAUAUUCCUUAGUUCUUAGUGUUCCCAUUAUUUUGUCCACCUCAGCAAAAUGCAGGGAAGCAUAACAGCUUGAGGUAGGGUAGAUAUGGAGGGGGUCAAUCCAUGGCCUUAGAACUAUUUUGUACUAACUUUAAUAAGAUGUAUAUUUGUACAUAUAGCAUUUUAAGUAUUGUGAAUACAUAACAUAUGAAAUUAACCUGUUAUUUUAAAAAUUAUACAAACUGUCUGCAUAUAUAACAUGGAAAAGUUGAUUAUGUUACCAGCAUUAUUAUGAUCAAAAGAUAUGAUAGGUCUGAUUCAUUUUUGCACCAGUUAAGGUUGUGUUGUGUACUGGGAUCCAGAUUGCCAGGUCCCUAUGGAACUGGUUAUGGCCCCAUAUACAGGUAUACCAAAGUUUACACUGAUGCUGUCCAACGUUCUUAUGCACUCGGGCACAAUUCAGUGAUGCCUAUGGAGGUGCGGGCACUGCCACACU